GCGCGCCCCGUAUCUGUCGGACGACUUCCGUGCGAUACGAAGGUCGAACGCUGACAAGCACGGCGAAGUCCGCGCCGCCGGAGACCAAGACCCAUACUGCCCGAUUCUCAAGGGGAGCUUAUUUCCAGUCGAACAAUGUUCAAGAUUGAAGGACUUGGGCCAAAAAUGGACCCGGAGGAGAUGAAGAAAAAGAUGCGGCAAGAUGUCAUUUCGUCUCUGCGGAAUUUCCUGGUUUAUGUUGCUCUUCUCAGAAUCACCCCAUAUGUUCUCAGGAAGUUGGACAGCAUAUGAGUCGUCUCCCCCCUCUGGACGUCCGGAGAAGCCCGCGAGAACAGGGCUGGCUCUGAAGUGCGAAAUCCAGCAAAGUAACUAACUAUUUCAACACUCUCAUCUGGAGAUGCUGUGGAGGAAGAUGCUUCAAUGCUUUUAUGAUAACGUGCAAUGGAGCACCUGAGAAGGAGACCAUAUGUGCACCAUUUUCAUUACGUCAUUGAUGGUUUAAAUUAAAUCAAAUCGUUUGGUGUGUCCUGCCUGACUUGGGACAGCUCUGAUAUGGAAAUGAUAUUGUGUUUUCAAUAAAAUAUUUGGAAAUGUU